UAUGGAAAAAUAUUCAAGCUAUAUUAAGUGAAAAAGCAAGAAGCUGAACAAGUUGGGAGAGAGUGAAGCCUUUUUUUUCCCCCCCUAUAUUCCUUCCUGAAAGUUCACGAAAGUUAUCGCACCUCCGCGGAAGCUGGUACGGGAGGAAGUGGGGGCGAGGGACAGAAACCGAAAGUGAGCAUAAAUAAGGCUGUAGUCCCAGGGCAGGAGGGUAGUUCAAGGUUUAUGAACAGAAGGAGCAUUGGCCAUGGAAAGGGGGGCGGGAUCGGGAAUGCAGAUUCUGAACCUCACCAACGUCAUCGCAGCCUAGCAUCUGGGAGGUGUCCAUUGUGUCCCCAUUCAUUGGCGUGGGCAGGAUCCUGAAUGAAUCACAUCUACAGAGUAGCUGCCUCCAGAGGAAGUUUGCUUAGCAUUCCUUCUUCCUUCCGGCGAAAUCAAGAAGCAGGGCUCUUCUUCUGAGCCAAGAAGUUAAUUUCGACGGAGAAAUAAUUACGUCUACCGGAUCGCAGAAAGUCUACCCUGCCUCACAUUCGCCGCCGACGGGGCUGCAGCAGGGCUGGGUGGGUCCAGAUAGCAACGCCGGGUCUCCGCGCAUCCAGCAGGUGCAGGGCCUUCCGCGCCUCACGAAAUCCACAGACGACUCCGGAUGACGACCCUACCGGGACCGGGAGCGCUCCCCGACGGCACGGGGCAGCGGGGACACAGCGCGUGGGCCCCCUCGGGCGCCCGGGCCCUGCGGUCUCCAGCCCCGGUGCCGGCGCGGGGAGCCAGGCUUCGGCUCUGGGGCCCCAGGGCUCAGAUUUUCGUCUUCGCUCUCCUGAUGUGGGUCCUCAAUGCCUCAGCCGUGACCACAGGGCAGGACAGAGUUCACUCUCAACCAGCUGCCCCACAGGGAUGGAAACAAGGCCUCUCUGACAAGUUGUGUCCACCAGGAUUCUUUCUAUCAGAAUACAGUGGAGACUGUGCACCGUGCAUAUGGGGGAAGGAAUUCACCAAUCAUUCGAACAACCUCCCUUCUUGCCAAUUCUGUUCUGAUUGCGGUCCAGGUGAAGAGGAGAAAAGUCCAUGCACCCGGACCAAAGACAGGGAGUGUCAAUGCAAACCUAGAACGUUCCUUGGGAAAAAUUCCCCUGAGUUUUGCCAGCCGUGCAGCACUCGGUGCCCUGAUGGCAUGGUCGUGGCGGCGAACUGUACACCCUGGAGUGACCUCGAGUGUGUGGCCCAAAAGUCAAGAAAUGAAACCAAUGGGGAGGCAGCAGUUCCUGGAGAGCCAGCGACCUGCCCGGGGCCGCACAACGCUCCCUCUCCCUCCUCAGGCAGUUCACAGCUGCUGAUUGGAAUUGUGCUGGGAGCUGUAUAUGUCCCACUGCUGAUCAUCACAUGUGCAUAUUAUCACAGGAGGCGCAUCUGUCAAGGUUGUGGAGUGGUCACUGAGUGCACGAACAGAGUCAUUUUCCGGUGCUUAUGUCCCCCAAGAGGGCCUGAGGGUGUGGACAAUGCUCGCAACGAGAUCGUGAGCAGCACAGGCUCACUGUCCACGCAGGCCUCUGAGCAGGAACUGGGACACCAGGAGCACGCAGAGCUGAAAGAUGUCUUCAUACAGUCCCCAGCGGACGCAGAGCGUCUGGCCUUCUGGAACCCUGGCCUUCUGCUUGUCCAGGACUGUGGUGCAGGCCUGAAGCUGUUCUUUGAUUACUUCACAAGCAUCGUGAUUUUCAAUUCCUGGAGCGUGCUCAAGAGGCUAAUGGCCUCAAUGACAAUUAUCUGUGUGGCCAGAGCUCAGGUCUCAAACCCCAGGGAAGCCUUGUAUGAAAUGCUAGUGACCUGGCUCAACAACAAGGGGCGGGCUGCCUCAGUCAACACCUUCCUGGAUGCCUUGGAAACACUGAGGGAGAGACAUACAAAGGAGUUGAUUCAGGACCACCUGGUGGGCUCUGGGAAGUAUGUCUACAAAGAAGAUGGGGCAGGCUCUGCUCUGUCCUGA